AUGAUGUCGAAACUCCCUUUCCGCAACAAAUGGGCAAUAGCCACAGUAUCUCUUGGCAAGCAUUCAUCGCAUACACUUGAGCGAAAGAUAGAAGCCGCUGCUGGCUGCGGGUUCUCUGGCAUAGAGCUCGUGCAUGCCGACCUCCUCCACCAUGCCACGUCAAACGGUCUUCCUCUGGAAUCUGCUAGACAUAUCAAGAAUCUCUGCAUGUCGCGGAAUCUUGAGAUUCUCAGCCUGAAUCCCCUGAAGAAUUUCGAAGGAAACCUUAGUACACCGUUGGAAGAACGACUGCGCGUUGCCAGCGACUGGAUCAACCUUGCUGUGGCAGCCGGUGCAAAGUUCGUCCAACUGCCAUCGCAGUUUCUCCAGCAUUCGACAAACGAUGAUAGUGUGAUCAUACCAGAGCUGCAAGCUUUGGCCGAUCUUGCAGGCCAGAGUCAGGUCAGCAUCGCAUACGAACCAGUCGCCUUCGCUGCCUUUCACGCCACAUGGCAAGAUGGCCUCCGUGUUGUCAAAUGUGUUGACAGACCCAACUUCAAACUCUGCCUCGACUCUUUCCACAUCCAUAGUCGUCUGUGGGGCGACCCCUACGCUCGUAAUGGUCAACUUCCAAACGGCGAGACAGAAAUGGCUGAAUCAAUGGCGAAAUUCCUCAAACAAGCUCCUAAAGACCAUUUAUGCUAUUUGCAACUGUCGGGUGGCUCUCGGUUCGACCCCCCUUUAACAGAUAAUUCUCUCCUGUUUGACGGUCUGGAGGUCAAAGAUGCACGCCUGGCAUGGUCGCGGAGCGCUAGGCCUUUCCCUCUGGAAGAGCCUGGCUACUUUCCUGUGGUCGAGAUUAUGAGGACAUGGGCGGUGGAUUACGGAUGGGACGGUUGGUUCUCUGUGGAAGGCUUUCUGAAAGAGACGGAGUUGGAAGCAAAUGGUCCAGAGGUCAUGGCUGAGAGAGCAAGACGUUCAAUUCAGGCACUGUAUGAGAAGGUGCAUUCAGCUGCCUAG